GGGGGAAGAAGGCGAAGCUCGCAGACGCCGGAGCACUCGCCGCGCGGAGGUCGCCGCUACGACGCAGCGCGCAGGGGCACGAUAGUUGAGCAAGCUACGGUGCCGGGCGCAGAGGAUGCCGUGAGGCGCGCGGCAGCACCCGGAGAGCACCAGGCCCGCGGCGGCGUGACGUGGCGGCGUGGCUGGCCGGAUGCGACGCCCUGGGAUGCCCUUGGCCGGUAUCUUGGGGCCGGCUGCUCGCUAGCGCCUGCGGCCUCGUGGCGGCGCCCGUCCCGCGGCGACACAGCUCCCGCUGCAGCAGCGCGCGCGUCGAGGAGCGGCCGGCGCCCGCGCGAGUCACCAUGAUGGACGCCACGGACGCCGACGAGGGCCUGCCCGCCUGCUCGCGGGACGCCCUGGGGCCGCCGCGCGGGGGAGCCGUCGCCUACGACGAGCGCGCCAUCUGCCACAGCACCGAGGCCCUGAGGAACGAGCUGCUGCUACACGAGGCGGUCAUCAAGGACGACCCGGACGCUGUGAGGAAGGUGCUGAAGGAGCCGCUGGACGUCAACAGCAGGAACAACUACGGAAGGGCACCAAUACACUGGGCUGCGUGCAGAGGAAAUAUAGAAAUAAUGGAGAUGCUCAUAGCAGCUAAAUGCGACAUAGAAGUCAGAGACAAGUACUGCAUGAGGCCCCUCAUGAUGGCGGCGUGGCACGGACACAAGGACGCCGUGGAGAUGCUCAUCAACUGCGGCGCCAACGUGGCGGCUGUCAACAAGAAGCAGUACUCGCUGCUGACGUGCGCGGCGCGCAACGACCGCGCCGACGUGGUCGGCUUCCUGCUGGACACGCUGGAGAACCUGCAGGUGGACGCGAGCGACGCCGAGCGCCAGACGGCGCUGUACCACGCGGCGCUGGGCGGCCACCUGCGGGUGCUGGCGCGCCUCGUGGACGCCGGCGCCGCCGUCGACUGCCCCAACAAGGCGGGACGCACGCCCCUGCACGCGGCCUGCGAGCGCGGCCACGUGGACGCCGCGGACUACCUGCUGCAGAAGGGCGCGGACAGCGGGGCGCGCGACGAGCAGGGCGACACGCCGCUCCACGUGGCGGCCCUCAACCAGCAGACCGAGCUGGUGGCGCUGUUGCUGCAGGCGGGAGCGCGGCCCGACCCGCACAACGAGAAAGGUUUCACGCCGCUUCACUUUGCCAGCAGUCUGGGCUGCAGAGGAAUCAUCGAGUCCCUCCUGCAGUACGGCAGCUGCAUCAACUCCAAGAGCAAAAACGGCAGCACUCCCCUCCACCUGGCUUGCCAAGCAGAGAAGACUGACACGGUGGAGUUGCUCAUAGCAAAAGGAUCCUCGCUCAACGAAGUGAACGCAAGGAUGCAGUGUCCGAUCCACAUAGCCGCGGAGCAAGGAUACACGGAGAUAUGCAAGAUGCUGCUGGCGGCGGGAGCAGACAUUGCGCAGAAGGAACAGAGCGGGAAGACUCCUCUAUACAUAGCGGCCAGGGGCAGUUUCACAGCCAUUGUUGACAUGAUCAUCAAGACGGCACGCUUAGACUACCCACAACCAGAGGAGGAGUUGUGCGACGCCGCGGGGGCGGCGGGCGUGAGGCGGUGCCGGUACGUGGAGGACGCCGUGACGCCGGACACCAACGUGAGGCUGCGGCAGCUGCUGUGGAGGCUGGCGUACAAGCACCUGGCCGACGGCGAGUGGAAGCGGCUGGCGCACCACUGGGCGUUCACCGACGAGCAGAUACACGCCAUCGAGCACCAGUACACGGGACCAUCUAGCUACAAAGAGCAUGGGUUUCGCAUGUUGCUGAUAUGGGCUAAUGGUUUGAAACCUGAAGUUAAUCCAAUAAAGGAGCUAUGUGAAAGCUUAGCUGCUAUUGGAAAGAAGAAUGUUGCUGAUGCAUUCAGAAAGAAGCUUGAUACUGAAAAUGAACAAUACUUCCAAAGUGAAAAAAGUAAAUGUUGGAGGUGUGCACUUUUUUAAGACGAAAUAUACAGUUUAAUUUUUUUUUA